AUGAUAUUGCCGGUCGACCAAGUGACUUUGGCUACGGCCUCGUCACUUGACAACCGUACAGCCGAUUGUGUGUUUCCAGGCACCGUCAUUAUCGAAAGUACAGCUCAGAACUACCAAGUGGCCACAUUGAUUCUGGUCAUUCUAGGCUUCAUACUCAUUAGUUUGCUGGGAGCAUUUUUCGCCUUCAAAGUGUCUCGCACUCCUCCUCGAGUUACGAUUCCUAGCGCCACUCCGAGCACGAUCCAGUCCAGAGCUGUCACACCGACGACAACACCAGCUACUCCGCCUGGUCCUGCGCCACGGCCUGUGCCAGUGCCUAAUGUCCAGAAUUCUCCGACUCGACACCCUAUGCCUCGUCCCGGGGCUAUCAGAGGCAUAUCUAUUCAUCCCAAUCAAGACAUCGUACCACCUCCAUCGGAGAAUCCUCCUCCAGUCCCAACUCGGUCUUCUGCUCGUGUAAGCCCAGCCGAAGAAGCAGAGUUGUCGUCAAGUUCCCCAUCAGUUGGUAGCGCGACUACACCUCCGCCUCGCAGAAAUCUCGCAGCAGCAACCCCUACGGCACGUCGCUCACCAGUCAACGGCAGAAUGGCAUCGCUCCCGACCUUGAAACCAUUGCAGAAGGUGGCAGUAGCUCAUCGUCCUCGUCUGGCCCAUCGCUCCCUGCCGCCGCGCCCACCACCACCGCCACCCCCUGAUGACGACGACGACGAGCUCGACGAGCUCGAGAGCCGCGAGCACCGAGACCUCGCCAUGGCCAUCGAGGACUCUCUGCGCGACCAGCGCGCCGGUCGUCGCAUUGGCGGCAGCAUUGCCAGCAACCUCGCCGCCGCUCGCGCUCACGCUCGCCAAUCCGGCGAUCCUACUGCUGGUCACGCUACUGGUUCCCCGGUCUUCAAUCUCAAUGGUCUUCCUGAACAUCCACAAGAAGAGUCACACCGCGACGGUCCAGACGGUACAGACGGUCCAGACGAUGAGUCGAACGAUGCAAACGAUGCAAACGAUGGAUCGAACGCUGCGCACGAUGAGUCAAACGAUGAUGGUAUGCCUGGAAGGCGCAACGAUCAGUCAAAUGGCAGCCCUGGUCAACAGCGGUUCAGACAGCCUUUCGGCGGUGAUGGCGCCAGCGAUACUCCACCUCACGAAGCUGACGAGGAUUCGGCACAGUCUUCUGCUCAACUGACCGGUCCGACUGGAGAAGAACAGCAGACUUCCUCGCAGCAGAGUCAGCAUGCCACGAGCGGCCAGAAUCCGCCUCAGCCAUCCACCUCUGAGCAAGAGCCAGCCGACGCAGGUAUGCUUGCUCCACCCUUCGAACACGCGGGUAGAGCCCCCAGAGCGUCACCAAACAAUCCAAACUACUCAUAUCCAUAUCCUGGCUCGAUCGUCGAUUCCUCAGACUAUGAUCCGGAGAGGCACUUGCACGGUCCAAGUCAGAUCAGAUCUCCCAACCAUAGAGGAUGUUAUUUGGGUGAAUGGUCUCGGCCACGGUAUGUCGGACCUCCGAGGUCCUUGGGUCGAGAUCAAGCAACAGAUUCGGCAAACGAAAGCAACGUCGAGGACCCCCCGCCAAGAAGCUUUUCUCCUCUUUUCCCUCCCGGGUUGCAACGAGCAGUUGAAGUCUCCGAGACAUCCCAGACGGAUGCACCUACCGUCCACUUCGACCAUGCACCUAACGUCCACUUCGAUCGUGCACCUACCGUCCACUUCGACCGUCCACGCAUGCUGACAAGACGUCCUCAGGAGCGGCCUCACGCUUCGUCAUCGCGAUCGGCGUCGCCCGAGCGCCGCCCUCACCCAGAGUUCCGAAGUGGCUUAUUCAACUACCCACCUGAAGCAGACGAAGACCCGACGUACUCAGUAUUCGACUCCAGCCGUCUGAGAGACCAUCCCUAUGCCCGCGAGCCAGCUGGGUAUCCUGCUGGCCUACAACCUGACCAUCGAGCUGCCAAUCGGAGAGCGCAACGUCGAGCAGACAAUUUCGCACGGGACAGGACCGCCUCCAUCUGCAGUUUCACCAUUUGCUCCAUCUACAGGACCGCCUUUCCCUCGAUCAACGGCACCGCCAUCGGUUCCGUCGACUGGACCGCCUUUCCCUCGGUCAACGGCACCGCCAUCGGUUCCGUCGACUGGCCUUCCAUUCGGUCAACCGGCAGGCCCGCCCUUCCCUCCAUCAGCCGCCCGGGUGCCGCCAUUCCGACUGUCGCCUACAUCGCCAUCCACUACGCCAGCAGGGCCACCAUUCCCUGGAUCAGCAGCACCGGGUCCACCCACCCCACUCGCUUCAUCAUCCGCAUCGGUUCCAUCAACACUACUGGGGCCAUCGACAACGCCAAUCCCAUCAAUCGAGCCAGCUGCAUCGACCGCAUCGUCAAGACAACCGGAGGUGGAAUGGGCGACGGACGAGGAGACUGGGCAUGCGGCUGCUGA